CCUGGUCCUGAGGAACCUGUCCCACCCACAAAGAUGUGGGCUCAACUCCUUUUAGGAAUAUUGGCCUUAUUGCCAGCCAUGGCAGAAAAACACCUCCUAAACUACCUGGUGACAUUACCAGCUCAGCUUAAGUUCCCUUCUACUCAGAAAGUUUGUUUGGAUCUGAACACUGGGUACAAUGAUGUAAAAUUUACUAUUAGUCUGGAGACCAAGGGCAAGACCCACACAUUGCUAGAACAUUCUGGAUUGAAGACGAGGCACUUACAUUGCAAGUCCUUUUUGGUACCACUUCCUUCUGGUGGCACAGAAGAAGUAGCCACGGUCUGGGUGAGAGGAACUGGAAAUAAAAUCAACUUUGAGGAGAAGAAAAAGGUCCUAAUUCAGAGGCAGCAGAAUGGCAUCUUUAUACAAACUGACAAACCUGUCUAUAACCCAGGGCAGCAAGUGCAUUUUCGCAUCGUCACCCUCACCAGCAACUUUGUUCCAGUGAAUGACCAGUACUCCAUUGUGGCACUGCAAGAUCCAAACAACAAUAGGAUUGCACAGUGGCUGAACGUGGUGCCCAAGGAAGGCAUUGUAGAGCUGUCCUUCCAACUGGCACCAGAGGCGACGCUGGGCACCUACAGUGUGGACGUGGCAGAGGGCAAGACCUUUGGCACCUUCAGUGUGGAAGAAUAUGUGCUGCCUAAGUUUAAGUUGGAAGUGGUGGAACCCAAACAGUUAUCAAUGCUAGAAGACUCUUUCUUAGUGAAAAUUUGCUGUAGGUACACCUAUGGAAAGCCCGUGCUAGGGACAGUGCAGGUAUCAGUGUGUCAAGAGGCUUACUGGUUUCCAGGGCCAGAAGGGGAACACCCACCUGACAGAUGCAAGAAUAUCUCUGGAAAGACUGACAAAGCAGGAUGCAUCUCAGCUUCUGUGGCCAUGUCUACCUUCAGCCUCAGUGAGCAUAAUUACGGACAAGACAUCAGUAUCGUGGCUACUAUGGUGGAGGAAGGGACAGGAGUGGAGGCCAAUACCACUCGGUAUAUCUACAUUUCUCCAUACGUGGCAUCAAUGACCUUUGAAGACACCAAUCAUUAUUAUUACCCUAAUUUCCCCUUCAGUGGAAAGAUAAGAGUUAGGGGCCAUGAUGACUCCCCCCUCAAGCAUCAUUCAGUGUUUCUGGUGAUUCAUGGCACAAAUGGAACCAUCACGCAGACCCUAACUACUGACAACGAAGGUCUUGCUCCCUUCAAGCUGGACACGGUUAAUUGGGACAGGAAAUUCAUUUCUCUGGAGGGCAGGUUCCAAUCGGAAGAAAUGGCAUAUGAUCCAGAAGAACUGCCUUAUUACCACAAUGCCUACCUGGACCUGCAGCCCUUCUACAACACAACUCACAGCUUCCUUGGCCUCCAGCGGCCAAAUGGCAUCUUGGAAUGUGGCCGGCCCCAGGAAGUGCUGGUGGAUUAUUACAUCGAUCCAGCUGAUGUGGAACCUGACCAGGAAGUCAUCUUCUCCUACUAUUUAACAGGGAAAGGGAAUUUGGAGCUGGAGGGGCAGAAACACCUGAAGUCUAACAGGAAAGGACUGAAAGGCUCCUUCUCUCUCUCAUUGACCUUCAACUCCAGACUAGUCCCUGAUCCUUCCCUGGUGAUGUAUGCCAUUUUUCCCGGUGGAGGUGUUAUAGCAGACAAAAUUCAGUUCUCAGUGGAGAUGUGCUUUGACAAUCAGGUUUCCCUUGGCUUCUCACCUUCCCAGCAGCUUCCAGGAGCAGAUGUGGACCUGCAGCUGCAGGCAGCUCCCCAGUCCCUGUGUGCGAUCCGGGCUGUGGAUGAGAGUGUCUUGCUGCUUAGACCAGAGAGCGAGCUGAGCAACAUCUCCGUCUAUAGUAUGUUCCCAUUCUGGUACGGUUACGACUAUAAGGUGGAUGAAUAUGAUGAGUGCCCGGUGUAUGGCCGACGGGAGUUUUCCCGGCCCCUCAUUGGUGCAGUGCCCGAGGAGCGUUGGGGCAGGCGUUUUAACGUAUGGAGGCCUUGGUCCUCUGAAAACAUAGAUCUUUUCCAUUUUUUCAAGGACAUGGGCCUGAAAAUACUGUCCAAUGCCAAAAUCAAGAAGCCAAUAGAUUGCAGUUACGAAACUUCAGAACACAGCAUGGCAAUGGAAGAAACCUAUCCAUCUCGUCCACUGACUUUAAGGACAUUUCCACCAAUUCAGCCAGAGGAUUCUCAGGUUCGCCAGUACUUCCCGGAGACUUGGCUCUGGGAUCUGUUUCCUGUUGGUAACUCAGGGAAGGAGUCUGUCCACGUCACAGUUCCUGAUUCCAUCACCACAUGGAAGGCCAUGACUUUUUGCACUUCCCAGUCCAGAGGCUUUGGUCUUUCACCCACUGUUGGACUGACUGCCUUCAAGCCAUUCUUUGUUGAUCUGACUCUCCCUUACUCGGUAGUUCGUGGAGAAUCCUUUCGUCUUACUGCCACCAUCUUCAAUUAUCUGAAGGAGUGCAUCAGGGUUCAGACUAACCUGGCUAAAUCAGAGGAGUACCAGGUGGAACCAGGGACAGACUCUCAGGCCUCCAGCUGUCUCUGUGCUGAUGAAUCAAAAUCCUAUAACUGGAAUAUCACAGCUGUCAAACUGGGUCAUGUAAACUUCACUAUCAGCACUAAGAUUCUGGACAGCAAUGAACUCUGUGGGGACCAGAAGGGGUUUGUUCCAGAAAAGGGCCAGAGUGACACACUCAUCAAACCAGUUCUGGUCAAGCCGGAAGGAGUCCUUGUGGAGAAGACACACAACUCACUGUUGUGCCCCAAAGGAAAAGUGGCUUCAGAAUCCAUCUCCCUGGAGGUCCCUGUGGAUGUUGUUCCUGAUUCAGCCAAGGCUUAUGUUACUGUUCUGGGGGACAUCAUGGGCGCAUCCCUGAAGAACCUAGACAAUCUGGUGCAGAUGCCAAGUGGCUGUGGGGAGCAGAACAUGGUCUUGUUCGCUCCCAUCAUUUACGUCUUGCAGUACCUGGAGAAGACAGGGAUGCUGACUGAGGAAAUCACGUCUCGAGCACUGGAUUUCCUGAAGCUAGGGUACCAGAGGGAGCUGAUGUACAAACACAGCAACGGCUCCUACAGUGCCUUUGGGGAGCAGGAUGAAAAUGGAAACACAUGGCUGACAGCCUUUGUCACCAAAUGCUUUGGCCAGGCUCAGAAAUUCAUCUUCAUUGAUGACAAGAACAUUCAGGAUGCUCUCAGGUGGAUGGCGGGAAACCAGCUCUCCAGUGGCUGCUAUGCCAACGUGGGAGAGCUCUUUCAUACAACUAUGAAGGGUGGAGUUGAUGACAAGGUCUCCUUGACUGCCUACAUCACGGCUGCGUUGCUGGAGAUGGGAAUGACCGCAGAUGACCUGAUGGUGAGUCAGGGUCUGCAGUGUCUCAAGCAUUCCAUCUCCUCCACCACCAACGCCUACACACAGGCCCUACUAGCUUAUACUUUCACUCUGGCUGGGGAAAUGGACAUCAGAAACAUUCUUCUUAAAAAGCUAGAUCAACAGGCUAUCAUCUCAGGAAUUUCCAUUCACUGGAGCCACAAACCUACUCUGUCAUUGGAUGACAGCCUUUGGUCUGAGCCUGAGGCUGUAGAUGUGGAACUUACAGCAUAUGUAUUGUUGACCUGGCUUAGCAAAGCCGACUUGACUCAUAAUGAGAUAACCAAGGCCACUGGCAUAGUGGCUUGGUUGGCCAAGCAGCAAAAUGCAUAUGGAGGGUUCUCUUCCACUCAGGAUACUGUAGUUGCUCUCCAAGCUCUUGCCAAGUAUGCCACUAUUGUCUACGUGCCGUCUGAGGAAGUCAACCUGGCUGUAAAAUCCGCUCAGAAUUUCCAGCACAUUUUCAACGUUCAAGCUGCCAACCGGUUGGUGUUUCAGCAGGAGACUCUGCCCGAUAUCCCCGGGGUGUACACCUUGGAGGCCUCAGGCCAGGGCUGUGUCCAUGUGCAGACGGUGCUGAGAUAUAAUAUUCUCCUUCCUAAAAGUGUGGAAGCCUUUAGUCUUAGUGUGGAAAUAGGGAAAACUCAGUGUGAGCAAUGUACUUCACCUGGAUCCUUCCUUCUGACCAUCCAUACCAGUUAUGUGGGGAGUCGCAGCUCUUCCAAUAUGGUUAUUGUGGAAAUAAAGAUGCUUUCUGGGUUCAGUCCAGUGGAAGGCACCAAUCAGUUACUUCUCCAGCAACCACACGUGAAGAAGGUUGAAUCUGGAAUUGACACACUCAACAUCUACUUGGAAGAGCUUAGUAAGGAGACUCAGACCUAUACCUUCAUCAUCAGACAAAGCCUGAUGGUCACCAACCUCAAACCAGCAACCAUCAAAGUCUAUGACUACUACCUACCAGAUGAACAGGCAACAAUUCAAUAUUCUGAUCCCUUUGAAUGAGGGUAGAAGAUGGAAAGAGACUAAAUGAAUUCUCCACGACAUUACUGGACAGCAUUCUUCUAUCUCUUAAAGCAGAACCCGUUCAAUCAAACAAUUUGGUUUCUCUUUUUUUUUUUUUUUUUUUUUUUUUUUUUUUGCGGUACGCGGGCCUCUCGCUGUUGUGGCCUCUCCCGUUGCGGAGCACAGGCUCCGAACGCGCAGGCUCAGCGGCCAUGGCUCACGGGCACAGCCACUCUGCGGCACGUGGGAUCUUCCCGGACCGGGGCACAGAACCCGUGUCCCCUGCAUCGGCAGGCGGAUUCUCAACCACUGCGCCACCAGGGAAGCCCUGGUUUCUCUUGUUAAAAAACAAAAUGCAGGAUUUCCCUGGCAGUCCAGUGGUUAAGACUCCGCGCUUCCACUGCGGAUCCACUAAGAUCCCACAUGCUACGUGGUACGGCCAAAAAAUUAAAAAAAAAAAAAAGCAACCAAAUAAAAUUGAAGAUCGAAUGGGCUCUAUUAGGUGAUUUAUGAAUUGAGCAGCAUUUCAUCUAGCAACCAGAAGGGUGCUCCAAGGGGUUGUACAAAAUUGAAGGAUUUUAUAUAAAGAAGGAUAGGGCAAAGGAGCUAUUAGCAAAAGAAAAGAAAGAAUUUUUUUUAGGCCACGACAUCUUUUUGGGGGGACUGAGGGGGAGGGAAUGGCAAGGGUUUUACGGCAUAGAUUGCCUCUUCUUCCUCUGGGGGAUGGAGAAGGCCCACGUGGCAGAUGACCUUGUUGGUGCUGACUGGAAAACUCCAGACUAGUUGAUUAAGAUUACAUUUCUGGGGAAGGUGGAAAUGGCAGUUAGGUCAGGUAUUAAAUCUAGGUCUGGUAUCAGGGGCUUUAGCACAAGUGACACAAUUUUGGGCCUGUGGUUUUUCUCUUUAACACUCUGAUUGACUAGUGAGUGAGUAACAGAUGGGUAGGCCUGAACCUCAGCUACUUUCUACGACUUCACAGAUGCACAGGUGCCGGAAUAAAGGGCUGGGGAGGAUGGGCUAGGAAUCAUCACACAAAGGAGGAAUUACAUGGGAAAGCUCCUUGGGGUAGGGUCAUUGGUUUAACCAUUCUGUUGAGCCAUUUAGGAGACUCUCCAGAGAGGAGAUGGUGGUAGAGGGUGUUCCAGGGAAGAUAAAAAUGUCUUCCUGGAGGUUAAAUCUAAGGGAAGAUGUAAUUUAGGUCUUUGGGAAUAGACUAAAAAGAUUUUUUUUCUUUUCCUUGAAAAGAAAAUCUGUGUGCUCAACUCUGUGCAUAUUUCUGUGGUUACCAAAGGUUCUGUUUAAAGAUAUUGUUAUUCUUUAACAAAAACUCACGAUUUGGCUUCUUCCUUAAACCUUUUGACCCAGACUUCGCAAAGAAUCGAGUCAAGUAUUCAGAGAGAGGUCCAAAGAGAAUCCUAACUCAGGGACUGUGUUCAGCCAGUCUGUCACUGCGGGGCAAGCAGUGAUUGAUAACAAGAAAAGUGGCAGCCACAAUUCCCUAUCAUCUCUGCUUUUCUCCGGCCUGAUCCCCCCAGCCUUUUCCCACUUGGGAUACCUAUCAUGGUGUAAACUCUGCCUUGGGGCAAUGUUUUUGUUUUGGAAACAAGUUUGGAGGCAAUGGGAUGGGGGUUGGGGAGCAAAUAGUGAUAUUUAAACAGAGACGAUUCUCUAGGUAAUUACACCCUUUUACCUUGGAUGUCCACGCACUGAUCUUGCUCCUCUUAGAUCAGAAACUCUGACCAAAAGAGUCAGGGAAAAGUAAGUCCAUGAUGUAGAUAUUUCCCUAAACCCAAGGCCACGCUUGCAUAAACUAUUUGUUCCUUACCUCCUCCACCCUAGACUUUGCCUUCUCCUCUUAGGAGUUCCCAAAGUGAGAGAAGAUGAGGAACAUACCCAGAGGAGGUCAUCCCUAAGCCUGCCUUACCCUUCCAUAUGAUGGGAAGAGAACAGAGAACUCUAGAGAAAAGAGAGCAGUCAUGAAUGCUCCUCCCACACAGUGAAAGCCCCACCCCCCUGUACUUUUGGGUCUGUAGCUCCUGCCAAAACUUCCCAUUUUUUUGCAAUGGAAGGAGGUGGUGGUCCUCAAGAUUUAAGAAGUUAUAUCUGGCCAAAAAAUCAUAUCAAAUGAUUACAAAAACUAUUCUUGUGUCUUUGGGGUUGAAAGAAUAUCUUAUGAUUUAAUAUUAUCAACUACACUGAAAAAAGGAAUGUUCAUGAGAAAAUUUACAUUCUUCAACUUACUGAAAUAUAAAAAAGUUUGUGCAUAUUUGAGAAGCAAGGUGAUUUUAAGGUUUAAGUAGUGUUUAGCAUUAAAGUGACACUUAGUGUUCUAGUAUUUAUAGUUAAGUAUUCAAUACAGGCAUUUAUUAUAUGCCAGGUACUUUGCCAGGCCUGGGAAUACAGAGGUAAAUUAAGUAAGGUUUCUGGGACUUCCCUGGUGGCACAGUGGUUAAGAAUCUGCCUGCCAAUGCAGGGGACAUGGGUUCGAGCCCUGGUCGGGAAGAUCCCACGUGCCGCGGAGCAGCUAAACCCGUGUGCCACAACUACUGAAGCCCGCGCGCCUAGAGCCCGUGCUCCGCAACAAGAGAAGCCACCGCAAUGAGAAGCCCGCGCACCACAACGAAGACUAGCCCCUGCUCGCCGCAGGUAGAGAAAGCCCGCGCGCAGCAAAGAAGACCCAACGCAGCCAAAAAUAAAUAAAUAAAUUUUAAAAACCAAAAAACAAUAGUUAAUCGAGGGGCUUCCUUCGUGGCGCAGUGGUUAAGAAUCCGCCUGCCAGUGCAGGGGACACGGGUUUGAGCCCUGGUCCGGGAAGGUCCCACAUGUUACGGAGCAACUAAGCCCGUGCGCCACAGCUACUGAGCCUGAGCUCUAGAGCCUGUGAGCCACAACUACGGAAGCCCACGUGCCUAGAGACUGUGCUGCACAACAAGAGAAGACACCGCAAUGAGAAAUGAGAAGCCCACACACCGCAAGGAAGAGUAGCCCCGGCUCCCCGCAACUAGAGAAAGCCCGCGUGCAGCAACGAAGACCCAACACAGCCAAAAAUAAAUAUAAAUUUUAAAAAUUAAAAAAAAAAGUUAAUUGAGACGGCUUUCCCUUCUCCCUUAAGUCCCAUUCUUCAUCAUGGAUUUAGUGGGAAACAGGAUUGAGGAAGGGAAGCAGUAUCAGGAAAGAGCCCUACCUAAUAAACAAAAUAUACAAGAGGUGAAUUUAGAGUACAUAGAACUUUUCAUCCCUCUUCUUGAAGCCCUGACUCAAAUUUGUAUCACAUCAUCCAGACUGUUGGAAAAAAACCCUGUUCCUGCUCCCGCAUCUCGAAACAUUCCUCCACCACUAAGUGUAUUAUUACAUAUUGUAUAUUCUCUAUACACAUGGCUGUCCCUGUUCAUUCAACUAACACUUCUGAGUGUCUAAUUGUUUCAGGUGAUGUGCUUCCAGAAAUAUCUAUUUAAAAUCCUAAUCUGACUAUGUCUUUCCCUCACUUAAAAUCCUUUAGGGACUCCUAGGGAUAAAGUUCUACUUAAUUUUUGUGGCACAGGAGACUUUCCCUUUCUGCCCCUCUAGCUCCAAUUUUGGCCUUCCAACUUAAUACUUCCUUCUUCAGGAAUACCAGACAACUUUUAGUUCCCUAACUAUGCUCUCUCAUAAUUUUGAUAUGUGCUUUCUAUCAUGCUGUUGGAAAGCCUUUCUAUCUCUUCUGCCUGGAGAACUUCCACUAGUCCUGCAGGUUGUGGCCUUCAAGUUGUGUUUUCUAUUCUAAUCAGUAUAUCGCCCCCAAGGAAUCUCUGUUCCUAUAGCGCUUGUACCUUCCACAUCUUCUUUAUUCAUUCAUCUAUCGAUGGACACUUAGGUUGCUUCCAUAUCUUGGUUAUUUUAAAUAAUGCUGCAAUGAACAUAGGGGUGCGUAUAUCUUUUCUAGUUAACCAUUAUUCUACUUUCUGUCUCCAUAGAUUUUCUUAUUCUGAACUUUCAUAUGAAUGUAAUCACAUAAUAUGUGGACUUUUGUGACUGGCUUUUUUCACUUGGCAUAAUGUUUUCAAGGUUCAUCCAACUCAUAACAUCUGUACUGUACCAGGCAUCAAGAAGUGGAAAUAGUAUUUACAAGCGCAGUGGAAUUGGAUGGCUUUUGAUGAGGAGCAAAGAUGUUUUGGAGAGAGAUAAUUACAUGUUAAGAGUGAUUAAUAAGCAAUUAAAUGCCAAGUAUGAAGUCAGAAGGCCUCUUGGCAAGAUAUAAAAAUUUUCAGCCCAAGGGCAGGAAAAUCUGAAUAUUGGCUUUGUCAUA